CGGAUCCCCUCAAAACUGAUCGGAGAGAAAAGCACAUUAAUAGGAACCGAACCAGGGUACAUAUUCUUUAAAAGGUUUAUUAUCUUAAGCGUGCCAUUCUUGCGUGGAACACGCCUCCUACUUGGGACACACCCCCUGUCUGACCAUUACGGAAGUCUUGCAACGCUCUUUUGACAUUAGUUAAGUAAGUUAGUAACGGAACAGAAAGCCAACGGGUUGCAAGUGGAUCCCAAACCUGACCGAUCGAGAUGGGUACUGAGGGGGAUCCAACUGAUUUGGUGAAGGUGCUUCACCUUUUGGUGAUCUCAUUCACCUGGGGAAUGCAGGUGUGGGUGUCCUUCAUAGCAGGAUUUGUGCUGAUAUCCCAGGUUUCAAUGCACACAUUUGGUCUUGUCCAGAUGAAAUUGUUUCCCUUCUAUUUCUACUGUCUGCUGAGCGGUAAUGCUAUAAAUCUGGCCAUAUAUGCAGUGUAUCAUCCCAGAGAACUGCUAGACUGGCAUGAGGGCAUACAGAUGACUCUGUUUUUUGUGCCCGUGAUCAUGGCGGGUCUGAACGCGCAGUGGUUCGGCCCGUCUGCCACAGACAGCUUGCUGGUCAUGAGAGAGAUCGAGCAGGAACAUGGGCUGGGGGCGGAAGUGGGCAUGGGCUCCAGCAGGGAAGGAUACACUAAACUCCGCGAGCGGGAUCCGAAAUACAAGGAACACAGAACCAUUUUCUAUCGCUUUCAUGGUCUGUCCAACCUCUGUAACCUCUUUGGCUUUAUUUCCACUACAGUUAAUCUGGUUUACCUCGCCCUCCAUUUAGGAACUAUAUGAGUGUUCUUUAAAUGAGUGUUUUUGGUAAGAGCAAAAGUCUACAUGAAGCAGGUGUAUGUUUUCAGAGCAGAAUUCAGUGCCUGAUGUCUUUUAACUUUUUCUUUGUGUGUUUUAUUUUGUCUUGAAAGUAAUAUCACGUAAACAAUGAGAAUUUCAGUACUUUAUUGUACUUGUAAAAAAUGAAUCUCAGACUCAGAAAAUAACCCAGUUCUUUUUAUUUACAAUGUCCGGAAAAUUAUUUGUUGUUUCACACAGUUUUUUGGAGCAUUACUCGUCUUCUAUUAUAUAAAAAGAAUACAUUUCUCUCAAUAUUUUAGCAUUGUGUGUUUCCUGGGGACAAACUUGAUGUAAAACUUAUGAAAGGCUGUUCUUUGUAUAGCACAGCAGAAUAAAUGUAAACGAACAUUUGAUCAUCUUUGUGAAUGUGAUGUCUGACCAUAAAGUCAACUUAUUUCCUGUCAUCAUUUUGGAGCUUAUGGAAAAUUCUUGUGUUACCGUAACAGUUUGUGCUGUUCUGAAAAAGUCACAAUUUCACAAAUAAAAAGAAAAGUUAAAUCUU